AUGUCUUCCCAGAAUUUAACCAAAUUGCCUGAUAAGGAAACAGGCACACAAAAUCGUCCACAACGUCUCUCGUAUGCCAAAGCUACACGUCGUCCUUCGCUCAUCUGCAGAUCUUUGAAGACACCUACAGGUCCAAGUUUCCUAACAACUGUGAGUACGCCUCCACCUGAUCACGCACGUCGCAUUGUCGAACUCUUUAUCGCCGACAAAAAAGACUAUAGCAAAAUCAAGUUCAUGGGUAUCAGCUUCCCUGACAACCAAUGUAUUUUACCUUCGAUACCUCUUCUCCUGAUGCUCGCCUUGUACACCUUCAGCUUAGAUCUACCCUUUACCACAAGGGACACGUUAUCAAAUGGUAUUCAAGGCGCCAUUUUCCGACUAUGGCAACGUCCUCGACUAUGCAUCCUUCGCGAUUAUGAUUCUCACCUCUUCAUGGGCAAAGGCUAUGCCACUAGCAAUACGUAA